AAAAAACACGAGCCAUCCUGAAAUUUUCUUCUUUUUUUUUUCUUAUUGUUUAUACAGUUAAAUACGUAAAAAUAAAAAAUGCCCUAUAAUACGCGUAGUCGAACUGCUACUUCUGGCCUUGAUAACAACCUUAACGGUGGUAAUCAACAACAGGAUUUUUAUGAUGAUAUUAAUCAACAAAAUAACUCAUAUCCUUCUCAAAACACUGAAUUGAGUAAUGGUUAUGACGGUGAUUUGUCUACUAAUAGUGCAUCCUAUAACUAUGGUGUUGGACAGAACCCUAGCUAUGAUCAAGCACAACAUGGAGAUCAGUAUAGUGGUCAACACGACACUAGUUUAGAUCAACCUACUGGUCAAAUGCAGUUUAGUAGUGAUCAACAAUAUGGCACUCAAUAUGGUGAUCAAAACCAACAGGUUUAUGACCAACAACAACAAGGUGAUGAGUCAUUAGCUGAUAAAAUUGAAAAUAUGUUGGAACGAUUAGCUGGAAAGUUUUCUGGAGGACAUAAUAAUCCUUCUGGAGGAAGUAAUGAUAAUGGUCGUACCUUCUAAGUAAUAUUACGCAUAAGAAGAUGAAGUAUAAUAAUGAAUAAAAUAAUUAUGUAAAUAAAAAGCCAUAUUUGUACAUUUUUAUUUCUGUAAAGGAAUUGUAGAUAGUACUUUUUGUGUGUGUGUGUGUGUUUUCUUAUCUACUUUAAUAAUAAAUGGAUUAUUUUUUUU